AUUUUAUUUUUUUUUUAAUUUGGAAUAGGAGGGAAUAUUUAAUUUUCCAGUAUAAAUGAUUUAUUUUAUGGAAAAUGUGGCUCAUCUACUUCGAUGAUAGUUACACUGUGAGUGUACUAAGUCAAUCUUACCUGAAAUUUAGGAAAAAUAAUAUCUGAGAUUAACUUGAAAGGAUUUUGAAGAACACUGACUAAAAUUCACCCCGGAAGUGUUGCCAAAACUAUUGUAUUUCGUCUGUCCUCAACCUCCAAAUACACGUAUUCUUAUGGAGAAAUAAAAAUUUUUGGCCAUUUUUCAGACAUCCAAAAAAUUCAAUUUCUAUUUUCUCGCACAAUUUUAAAGGUAGAGAGCUGUAACUUGGGGUUUUUUAUUAGAAUGUUGAAAAGCAUAAAUAGACCAAAUGAGGUGGAGAUCGUGCGUAGGGUGUAGGUCCAUCUCUCCACUGUUCCAUCUCUCCUCGAAUUACUAUAACUGUUUUGUGGUCAAGUUUUAAUCUGUUUUAAGCACGAAAAGUAAUACCGUAAAAUAUUUAUUUUUAUUUUGUAAAUCGUUCUGCAGUCAAUGAUAGUUGUUUUCUAUAGUAAGACUUAUUUUAAUGCCUUCAUUAUUACAAAGUAAAUUUUGUAAUGUUUUCUACAAUCCAAUAAUUUUGCCUUUGGAUAAUAUUAUUUUGUUCUGCAAUUUGUGCAUGUGUCUUGUCAAGAAAUCGUGAAAUAUUAAAUGAAUUUCUAAGGUCCCAUGAGCACCAAUAAGCAAAAUCCGUCAGAAAAGACACUUAGCUAGGUUUGAAUGAUUGAGUCUCAGAGUCUGAGUAUGUAGUUGAAAAAAAGUGAAAUACAUCGAGCAGUAGUGUUCAAAAAGCCAAGACGAAGAAGGAAAAGGUUUUUUGGCGGGGCGCAAAAGAGUCACAUUAGGCUUUAUUUAAGCUUUGUAAAUUUUUCUUAUACAUUUCAUUUGCAGCAUUCGACGUGGUGUGUUGACCCGGUACCAAUAAUCAAUCAAAAAAGCGCGAGAGUGAAAGAUAGAUUGUUCCAGUAGUAUUUUGUGAUUGUAGGAAUAUUGAUCUUUCAUAUUUUCUGUCUUAAAAUCAAAUUAAGUGUUAAAAUUGUAAUAAUGUGAAGUAGAAAAGUUUAAUAGUGCUGGAAUAUCGAUCGUCAAGGAAAACUACCUUCCAAUCCAUUGAAGUGUUAUUUAACCAUUGGUUUAUGAGAAAAUUUUCUCUUUAUAAUAUUUUUGUGACCCUAAAUAUUUCAGAUCAACAUAAAAACUUGAUAUAUAUAUAUAUACAUUUCCAGCAGACAAUAGCAAAAAGUGUAACCAUUUAAUGUGAAGAAAGUGAAGUGUAAUGCGAAGUCAUUGAGGAAAAGAAUAAUUUCCACAAAUUAUUUAGAAAGUUAUCAUCUGGUAUCUGGAUUAUAAACCAGAUUACAAAAUAUAUUUGGAAAACCUUAAGAUAUCUAAAAAUUAAGAUGUCGAAACGUAUUAUGGAUUCACUGAUGAAGAGAACUACAUACUCUUCAGCAGCCAAUAUCUUAGCCAAUGACGUAAUGACCAUUGAUACACGAUUAGAUGGGCAAACGGAUUUUUCUAUGGCAAAGCCCUACAGUGAUGUUCCAGGGCCCAAAGAGUUUCCUUUCAUUGGCAAUUCAUGGAGGUUCCUACCAAUUAUUGGUCAGCAUCGUAUUCAAGACUUGGAUAAAUUAAUGUUAACACUUCAUGAGCAAUAUGGAAAAAUUGCUAAAGUAGGUGGUCUCAUCGGUCAUCCAGAUUUACUUUUUAUAUCAGACGGUGAUGAAAUUCGCAAUGUUUUCCGACGUGAGGAAGUUCUCCCACACAGACCAUCGAUGCCAUCCCUUCAUCAUUAUAAAGCGCACUUACGUCACGAUUUCUUCGGAGAAACAGCAGGAUUAAUUGGAGUGCAUGGUGAACGGUGGGAUAAAUUCCGGGCACAAGUUCAACAUGUGAUGCUUCAGCCAUCCACAGCUCGAAAGUAUAUAGCGCCACUUAAUGAAAUUGCUGGUGAUUUUAUGGAGAGAAUACAUGAAAUGAGAGAUGCAAACAAUGAGCUACCGGGGGAUUUUCUUCAUGAGCUUUACAAGUGGGCUCUAGAAUCAAUAGGACAAGUUUCCUUGGACACACGCUUAGGAUGUGUAACUGGAGAUGUUAAUACUGAGACUAAAAGAAUUAUUGAGGCAAUUAACACUUUUUUCUGGACAGUGGCUGAAGUUGAGCUUCGAAUGCCAAUUUGGCGUUUUUACAGAACAAAAGCCUACAAACGAUAUAUAGAGGCUUUGGAUACAUUUACAGAGCUUUGCAUGGACAAUAUCAAUCGAGCAAUGGAGAAGAUAGCACAAGAUCCGACAAUUAAAUGUGAAGAGAAUAUAUCACUGCUUGAGAGAAUUGUAGAGAAGACGGGAAAUCCCAAAAUUGCAGCCAUACUUGCAAUGGAUCUUUUUCUUGUUGGUGUCGAUACGACAUCAGUGGCCGUUACAUCAACAAUUUAUCAACUAAGCCAGAAUCCCGAGAAACAGGAUAUCCUCGUGAGAGAGUUAGAAAAGGUACUACCAAAGAAGACCUCACCAGUUGAUAUACAAACACUUGAGAAUAUGCCCUACUUGAGGGCCUGCAUUAAAGAGACACUAAGAAUGUAUCCAGUGACGAUUGCAAAUGGACGAAGUUUGCAAUCGGACGCUAUUAUAAGUGGCUAUCAUAUUCCAAAAGGGACUCACAUUAUAUUUUCGCACUUGGCAGCAUCCAAUUCAGAUGAGUACUUCCCGGAACCAUACCGUUUUAUUCCAGAACGUUGGAUAAAACGUGGUGAAAUGGAUGUAUCUGACUGUCCCUAUGCUGGUCAAUUAAUCCACCCGUUUGUGAGUUUACCCUUUGGUUAUGGUCGACGAAUGUGCAUUGGACGGCGUUUUGCUGAAGCUGAAUUGCAAAUAUUACUUUCAAAGCUAUUUAGAAAGUAUCAAGUGGAAUAUAAUUAUGGCAAAUUAACAUAUAAAGUCAUGCCAACGUAUUAUCCUGAGCAAGAAUUGAAAUUCAAAUUGACAGAACGUCUCAAUUAGAAUUAUUUCAAUCUACAUCGACAACUCUUUCUGAUAUGUACAUAUUAUUUUACAAUUUUAGAGCGAUAUCGAUUGAUUUUAAAAUUUUCUUUAAGGUAAAUCAAUACUUUUAAUAUUUUAGUUUGACCAACUUUUGUAGUGGAUUAGAAUAUAAAAGAAAAUUGUGACUAAAAAUAAAUCACGUUAAAUAUGACAA